AUGGCGACUAAAGUUCAGAGGAUCAUGACUCAACUUAUCGGUUUUGAUGAGUACAUGAAUUUGGUUCUUGAGGAUGCAGAGGAAGUCAGUAUAAAGAAGAAAACCAGAAAGGGUCUAGAGGAAGAUUUAGAAAAAGAAGCGAAGAUGAGUCGAGAAGGAGGUACCGAAGAAAAGGGGGGAAAGAAGAAGUCAGCGACUUUGGUGAUUGAUUGUGGGAAGCCUGUCGAGGAUAAGAUCAUGGAGAUAGCCUCACUCGAGAAGUUUCUUCAAGAGAGAAUCAAAGUCGAUGGUAAAGCUAGUAAUCUCGGUGAUUCAGUUACGAUUUCUCGUGAGAAGAACAAGAUCUCCAUCACAUCAGACAGCAACUUCUCCAAAAGAUUUUUGGGUUGUAAACAAGAUUUGGUUGCGUUUGACAGGAAUUGGUGGCUUAUUCAAGUGCAAGGCAAUUGCAAGACAAUUGAGGAGUACAAUAUUGCUGCUUCUAUGAAUUUGAUUAGUAUGUUAGUGUGUUUCGUUGUACUUUAUCUUAUUGCAUGUGAAUUUGAUUAG